AUGAGUUCCUGUAUAGAUUCAUUGUUAGGCUUUGGGUUAUUUUCUUCUGUACAGUCGUACAUCCCUAAAGAGAAACACGAGACUAAACUUAAUAUAUGGAUGAUGAAAGACUUGUACAUGUUCUCUCAUAUCUUGCUUUGCAUCACGACUGAUAGAAACUUCGAAAAAGAUUCAUUCCUCCGUUUCACAACAGGCCUACAACUGCUUGCAGUGCCAGUUCUUGCUUAUUAUCGCAAUACUAAUGGGGUGUGGCUGGUGGUGGUGGGAAAGAUGGUGAUGAUGAUGAUGAUGUAUGGUAUUGAUGCAGCUUCUGGAGCUUCUGUUUUAGCUUUGGGUAUCUCACCAGGAGACCAUGUCCUUGAUCUCUGCGCUGCACCUGGUAAAUGUGGUUUCAUUGUUUGGAUGUUCACAGCUGAUCUGCCGAUCUGA